AUGAAAAAGCUGAAAAGUAAAUUGGAAAGUACAAAUACAGAUAGUUUUGGAAUUUCUGGAAGUGAUUUCACAAGAACACAGAAAUCCAAUCGUCGAUUUUUGAUUACUAGUUAAAUGAAGAUGUAAACUGAAUCAACAGAAUAAUUAAAAUUGGAUUUACCUCCAGUUGUCAAUCUGCCUUUUCAAAGCAAAGUUAGGUCACAGAAGAAAUCUCGGAAUAUGCUACGAAACAGCGAUUUAUUCAAUGUUUAUAAGGCACCUUAGACAUUGGUAACAAAUCCGGAAACAUUAUUAAAAAAGACAAGAUAAUAUCAAAUAUCGCAAAGCAUAAUAAAGUAUUAUUCAGAUGAAAUUACGGCUUUGAAAGAUCAGUAGAGUUUGGAUGAGUAGGAAAUUGAGAAUUGCAUUUCCAAAUAUCUCAAUGAUGCAAUCCAAAGUCUGGAAGUUUUAAUUAAAAAGAUACAGAACCUAUUGCAAUACAAACAAAAUAGAGAGAAGAGUGAACAGGAAAUGAAAGAAAUCAUGUAGGAAUGUUUUAAACAGAAAAAUUUGUGUAUACAAUAAAGGUUUUGUUACAUUUUUGGCAAGAUGGAACAACUCUUCUUUAAUCCCUUAUCGGGAGCUAUUUAUUAUAAGUUAUGCAAACGAUUGUCAGACAACGAGAUCUAUUAUAGGAAUAAGAUGAAAGCCUAUAGAGGAUUAGGAGAAUGCUUACUUCGAGUCAGACCAAAAUUAAGCCAGUUAUAUUUUACUAAAUAUUUAAUGUCAGCAUGGAAACUGAACGAGAAGAAUCACGAACUAUAUGCCUAUGAUCUGUUAGGUAAAUAUUACUUUUAUGUUGGUCAAAUUGAAAAAGCAAAGCAAUUCCACGAAAAAAUGAUAGGAGGCUAUUGUGAAGUAUGUAAUAUCUAAUCAUCACUGUAGGUUCCUGAUUCCAGAGUUAGAAUACUGGCUUAGAGUCGUUUAGAAUAGGGGAGCUUAUCCAAUAGAAUCAAUAGGGAACAUCAAGUGGUCGACAUCGAUGUUGUAACCUCAGAUGAUGAAUGCUAUGAAAUUGUUUUGACUCAACCUCAAUAGAUUAAAGUAGCCACAGUAAGUUCUGUGAAAUAUUUCCAAAGAAAGAUUCCAGAUCCUAAAUCAGUCAAGGAAGAAGCCAAUACAAACAUUAGACAGAAGAAACCUAAGUAUAAUUCACAGCUUUUAGAAAUCGGAGGGGAAUUUGACAUGUCUAAAUUAGUUAUAUCGAAUCCUCAUUUGAAUAUAGGGGCCAUAAAGGAUAGAGUUUUAUUGAGUCAUAUGAGUCCAAAUAGAAAGUUAGAGAUGUAUCAAUAUCUCUGUCUGGCCAGUGACAAAAAUGCUUUCAAUAAUGUUAAUCUACUCUCUGGGUUAUAUGACAGAUUUGAAAUCAGUAAAAUCAAUAAGUAUCUAACUAAAUUGAUCUCUCUUUUGAGCACAGUGUAACAAUGGCUGUUGAGUUAAUAGAAGCAAAAGUAAGUUACUCGUAGAUUGGCUUUAGUUUGA